AUGAGCUCCUCCGCCCAACCAGAGGCAUCGUUGCCCAAGGUCGAGAAGGAGAAGAAGGGAAUGAGCAAGGUGUUUUCCAAGGUCAAGGGCGUUUGGCGGCGAAGCGACUCGGCCGGCUCUAAGCGUCAACCACAAGCUGUCGCACCCUCACAGACUGUCAAGGUCAGCGAAGCUGCACCUGUCACGGUUCCAGCGCCCAGAGCUGAAGGCGCUCCCAAGACUCCAAGUAUUAGCCAUGUCGCCGUCAAAACCACCGAAGCGCGGGCUUAUGAGGGUAUGGCCGGGGUUAGCAAACUCUCCAAGCUGGAGCUGUUUGAAGAGCGAGCCAAGAAGCUGAACGAACGAUUUGGCCUGGAGAUUCAACCGAUGCAGUGGCAGAACGCCAUCCCUAGCGAUACCGUACUUCGCAUGGACAAGCCCAUCAGGAUGCGCAUCCGACGAACCUGUCAUCGCUGCAACGCUACCUUUGGCGCUGCUAAAGAAUGCCCCAACUGCAACCACGGCCGUUGCACCAAAUGCACGCGCUACCCACCGAAGCUCUCUGAGGCCGAGGCCAUUGCCAGUCGCGAAAGGAGAGCUGCUAAGAUCAAGGCCAACCGCGAGAACGCCCCGAUACUGCCCGACUACGGCCCGGAGGACAAGAAAAUCGUGCUUACACGCCCAAGCAAGACGGGAGGCCAAGACCUUGUCCAUAAAAAGCCUCGCCAACGUGUCCGACGAACCUGUCAUGAGUGCCAGACGCUAUUCAUGGCUGGGACUAAAAUAUGUGAGAGAUGCAGUCACGUUCGCUGCACAGACUGCCCUCGAGACCCGCCAAAGAAGGACAAAUAUCCAUUUGGGUAUCCUGGCGACGAGUUUGGUCCCAACAGUGUACCUCACUACGAAUGCGAAAAGUGUAAAGCGGUUUAUCCCACGGACGCCGCAAAUGGGACGGAAUGCAGGAAGUGUAAAAAUCCAAAAUCAAAGGCUUCUCCUCGUGCUCGGCCUCGCAAGGUGGAACCGAUACCCGACCCGGAGGUUAUUAAACAGAUACAAGUCAAACUGGACAAUCUUAAAGUCACGUAG